AUGAAUGCUGUGCUUUUAUUUACAUUUAUAUUGGGCUUCAUUGCACUUGCGUCUGGAUUCGCAAUUCGAUAUGAUGAAAAUGGUGAUUAUAAUUCACCAGAUGAGACUAAUGGAGGAGAUAAAUCGUUAGACCUUGAAGAAAUCACUCCACACACAACUGUUUCAGAUAAAAAUUUACCGAAGACUACUCCUUCCGUAUUACAUGAUAAGACCACUACAGGCGGUCACAACGUACCCACGACCACGACGUCAACUUUUACAGAAAUCACUCCACACACAACUGUUUCAGACAAAAAUUUACUGACGACUACUCCUUCCGUAUUACAUGAUAAGACCACUACAGGCGGUCACAACGUACCCACGACCACGACGACUACUUUUACGGAAAUCACACCAUACACAACUGUUUCAGACAAAAAUUUACUGACAACUACUCCUUCCGUAUUACAUGAUAAGACCACUACAGGCGGUCACAACGUACCCACGACCACGACGUCAACUUUUACAGAAAUCACUCCACACACAACUGUUUCAGACAAAAAUUUACUGACGACUACUCCUUCCGUAUUACAUGAUAAGACCACUACAGGCGGUCACAACGUACCCACGACCACGACGACAACUUUUACAGAAAUCACUUCACACACAACUGUUUCAGAUAAACAUUUACUGACGACUACCCAUUCCGGUUCAAAAGACGAUGAUGACUUUUAUGAUGAUUGCGAUUGUCCUGAACAUAUAAUUGUUAUCAACAAGUAA